ACACGAGGCGGCAACCAGGCCGAGCAUUCCCGUCCCCUCCCCACCCUUCUCUCCGUCGCCGUAGAUCCACCGCCGCCACCGCCGACGACGACGAUGGGCUGCCUGCUGGCGCUCACCGACGACCUCAUCGCAGACAUCCUCAUCCGCCUGCCGUCGCCGGCUGACCUCGCGCGCGCCUCCGCCUCCUGCGGCCCGCUCCGCCGCGUCGUCACCUCCCCGCGGUUCCUCCGCCGGGUCCGCUCCCUCCACGCCCCGCCCCCGCUCGGCGUCUACGUCCCCGACGCCGCCGCAGGAUUCUUCCCCGCCCUCCCGCCGAACCCCGCGGCUCGCCCCGCCCGCGCGCUCGCCCUCGCCGCCGACUUCUCCUUCGCCUUCCUCCCGGCCCCCGCGCGCGCCUGGCUCGUCCGCGACCGCCGCGACGGCCGCUUCCUCCUCGACCGCGCCGCGCCCGCCGGCUCCACGGCCUUCACCGAGGUCGCCGUUUGCGACCCGCUCUCCCGGCGCUGCCUCCUGCUCCCGCCAAUCCCCGACGCCCUCGCCGCCUCCGUCGACAACCCCUACCUCCAGCGCGGCGGCGACGACGGGGGGCUCCAGUCGCGCAGCAACGAGAUCUUCCUGGCUUCUCGCGGCAACGACGACCGCGGCGAGGAGCUGCCGUUCGCCGUCAUCUGGAUGGCGUGCUGCCGAGGGAAGCUGGUCGCGUUCUCCUUCUGCUCUGGAUCUCGGGAAUGGAGCGCGCUUUCGCCGCCGGUGCACCACGCGCUCAGCAUGCGGAGGGUCAUGGGUGUCCGACUGGGGCAGCGCAACCAUGCCCACGGGUGCUUCUACUGGAUGAUAACUCUCACCCGGAGGUGGCUCGUGCUGGACACCCGCAAAAUGGAGUUCUCCAUCCUCGACAUUUCGCCUGUCCUGGCAGGCCGCUCGAUGAUGUUCAGUAAUCAGAUCACCACUCUGGAGUCAGGAGAAGGCAGGACAACCGUUGUGGUCUCAGAUCUUUUCAGGGCGGAUAAAAGAUGUGUCCUCUACUUUUAUUCGUUCAUGCAUUUCAGUGACCGGUGGCAGCUGCUGAACAAAAUCACCUUACCUGAGGAAUGGGGAGACCGGUUUCGAGGCAUCAUAGGUGCAUUUGAGGGCUGCUUAUAUAUAAAGCUAGAUCAUCCAAAGCAGAACUUGGGAGAUCCUGUUGAGCAAAAUGUCACAUACUUUUGGUUCGAUCUCAAGACUAUGCAGGUUGGUAGGUUCACCGAGAUAAGUUCUGCUACGGUGAACGAAGCCUACCUUUACACGGGGUUUCCCCCAUCACUGUCACUUCCUAGUGUUUGAUGCGAUGGACGACUGAUUUCUGGAUUGGCUGGUUCCUUGGAGCUGGAAAAAGGUGCAUGAGUAAUGUGUCACUCUUUACAGCCUCCUUGUCUUUACUAGCAUUCUUGUAUCGGUACAACUUUUAUGUGGGAAUUGUUGCAGCCUUGGAAGUGGGGAAUAGAAGAGGAUUCACUUGGAUUCCUUUCUGAGGAGCACCAAUUCAAGAUGAUUUGGAUGGAUCAUUUAAUGUUCCAUUGUUCUCAUACAGUCGUACCAGCAGUUAUGUGUCACAGUAGGGUCUGAUCGAGCCCAGUCGAGUGUUGAUGGAUGCAAAUUUCAGUUUUGCCUUCAACCAUUAGAUUUCCUGAGGUUCAAUGUUGUAUGCACUAUGUAGUGCUUUUGUUAGAUUUAGGCUUCGUAUGUCUUUCCAUAUACACUUUAGAAAAAUUCUACUUUGCAAGGUGUAGUACUGUAUUCCAUAUACAUUUACCUGAAAUGCCAGAGGUACUAAUAAUAUUUGUACUAAGGCCAUCUAUAUUCUAGGUGAGGAAUGGACACAGUCAGUGAUUGGCUAAUGAGUCAUGGGCUUGAAAAGCAUGCAUAAUGGUGCUUCUACUAGAUUGUGUACUGUAAUAGAUACGCAAACACUCGGGUUCACCAUCUUGACAAUCUUGUUAUCAUGUCAUACUAUAUAGCUGCAUUCAAUUAAUCAGAUAAUUUCACA